GCCGGUCCAAUUCCCUAUAAGGAAAUAACUAGAUACCUAUCACAAAUCGUCGACAUUAGUUUUACUCACUUCGAUCUCAUUGGCAGCCAAUCAAAAAUCACCACGCGUUGUUCUGUCAGUCGUUUAAAAAUGGACGCAGCGAGAUCUGCAGGACGGCUGUGGUUAACAAUUUUUUUAACGUUUUUAACAAUCGAGAGUUCGGUCAAUGCAAAGGAUACAAAAUAUGUAACGUGCGGUUCGGCCUUAAAAUUGUUAAAUCUGAAUUACAAUGUAAGGUUACACUCGCAUGAUAUAAAAUAUGGAAGUGGAAGUGGACAACAAUCUGUCACUGGUAUUGAAGUUCAAGAAGAUGGAAACUCGUACUGGCUAGUUAAAUCCGAAACAGGAAAACAAUGUACACGAGGGAGACCGAUUAAGUGUGGAGCCACAGUCAGGUUGGAACAUACUGCCACCAAGAAAAAUCUUCAUUCUCAUCACGUUAGUUCGCCUCUUAGUGGAAAACAAGAAGUCUCCGCAUAUGGAGAUACCAAAGGCGAGGGUGAUACCGGUGAUCAUUGGAUCGUCGUUUGUCAGUCCGACUUUUGGGAAAGGGACGAACCAAUAAUGUUGAAACACGUUGACACUGAUCUAUUUUUAAGUGUCACAGGUCUGACUUAUGGGAGUCCAAUCGUUGGACAAACUGAAAUUGUUGCAGACCAUACAACAAAUGGUCAUUCCAUGUGGCAAGCGAUGGAAGGAUUAUUUAUUCAUCCAAGUGACUUCAAAGCCCAACACUUUGAACACACUGAAUUAUAGGCUUAGGCCGUCUUGACAUUAAGUGUUAAUAGGUCUCAAAUGAUUGAAGCCGUAUGCCAAAAACAUGAGUUGUAAAAACUCUGUACAGCGUGAAUGGCUAACAAUUACUGUGCUGUUUUAAAGAAUGUUAAUUACUAGAAAGGACGACAACUUGAAAUAUUAACUUCUAUAAAGUAACUGUGUGUAAAAGAGUUAUAAUAAUACAUCCUUCUUGUAAUAUGCAGAA